ACAAUUCAUAAUGAUUUUAAAUUUAAUAUUCACUUUCUUUCUGACCACAGCACUCUGCUUCACAAGCACAGCAAAUCUGGGGAGCCCAGGAAGUUAUGCAGCUGAUGCCACUUUGACAGAAACUUCUACUGAUGUGUACUCGCUUGACUUGAAGUUCACGUUCCCUUCGACUAUCAUGGACGGUGGUAGGUAGGUUUGUUAGCAUGCUGUGAAUCAACACAGCACAAUCCGAUUACACUCUUACUAGUGAUACAAGUUCAUUAGAGACGUUUGGAUAUUCAAUUCGCUGAGCAUCUACCUGAACAUCAUUAUCAUCCAUCAUUUGGAGUGGAUACUACAGUGGAACAGCAGAUUAUACCAAUUCUGACGGCAGAUUUGAUACAACAGGAGGGACAAGCUACAAAAGUUCACUAGCAAAAACUAAUACUUCUGAUGAUACUACAGAUCCUUCUGUUCCAACAAUGACUUUUCAUUAUGCUAGUAUUUCUAAAGCGGCCUUAGCUACUGAUUAUAAACUACCAAACAAAGAUGAGACCUACUAUUACAAAUGUUUCUGUGACUUCAGCAUGGGGAUACCUCCAAAUGGAUUGGUUUUCUCAGAUGUAGGAACUGGACUAUCUACAUCUAAUAAUUCAGUGACUAAUGCUUUAUUAGGUUUAAUUCCAACUCCUCCAGUUACUCCUCCAGUUACUCCUCCAGUUACUCCUCCAUCUACUCCUCCAACUACACCGACCACUCCCUCUUCAGGCGGAACCUCUACCUCUGAUCAGACAACUGAAGAAGAAAAGGAUAUGAGGAAGACAGCUGAAGUGUUUACCUUAGUUGCUCUUGCAAUCGUAGCCAUACUUGCUGUAAUAGGAGCUUUAGUAAAAGGUAUCCCACUGACUUCCCUUUGGAUGGUUAUAGACCAAAUUCAAAUGAUUAUUCUUGUCUUGCUUGUUAAUAAUAGCACAACUUUGGAAUUUGAAAAAUUCCUUCACGGAGUUGGAUUCAUCAUGGCUAAUUUUAACUUUAUGAAAAUCCAAGAGAUCCCUUAUGUAGAAGAGCUCACUGAGUGGCUAGACUACGGAAUUGUUUCGAAGAAGUUAGACAAUGUUGGAAUAAAGUCUCAAAGCCAUCUUUUUAACAAUUUUUCUCUAGCUACCAUUUUAUCGGUUAUCGCUCUAAUUCAUAUUAUUUUCAAAGUAUCGGUUUGCUUUAAAGACGAUAAUCAUUCAAAUGCAUUGAUGAAGUAUGGAACAAUCCUCAGAACUAAGGGAAGUAACUUUAUUUCAAAUUCUGUGUACAUGAGAUUCAUUAUGCUUACUUUCAUGACUGUUAUCUUUGCUGCUGUCAUCUCUAUCAGAGAAUUUAAAUUUUCAAAAACAGAGAUGGUAUUAUCUCAUGUAUCAGCCUGGAUGCUCUUGAUAGCUUCUGCAGGUUUUAUCGGUGCGCUCUUCUUUCUAUAUUACUUCACAAGAACGGACUUCGAUCCUAAUCAAAAGAAUUUUGUGAAGGAGAUCUUUUCAGGGCUAAGAGAUACUAAAACUUCGAGAUUACUGCCAUUUGUGUCAACACUAAGAAAACUUCUGAAUAUCGUUGCAGUAGUCUUCAUUGCAAUGGAAGGUGAACGCACAUAUGCACUAGUGUUAUUAAUGAGCAUUCAGGUGGUCUAUCUCGCAUUCAUGGUCCUUGUUAGGCCAUUUUUUUUAGUCUUUAAUAAUUGUUUGAAAAUAACAUUGGAAUCCUUCCAGUUCAUUAUUAUGGUGUAUAUGGCUGGCAUGGAGAGUGAGUCAGAUUGGCCUAAAGGAGCAAUCAAAGGAUUAAUGGCAAUUCUUAUUAUCAAUGCAGUAGCCAUUAUGAGCAUUGUAACAUGAUUCACCGUUUUGCAUGUAAUUGGAUUAUUUAGUCAGGGUUCAGCAGGAAAUAAUAUUAAUGGAAGAUCGCAAAAUGAAACUGUUAGAAAGAUCAGGACAUCAACAAGAGGAGGAAACAUAAUUGCCAGAGAUGUCGAAGAUAUUGGUCCCGGAGAUAUCAAGAGCAUCUAAGAAACGACUUCAUGAAAAAUUCAAAUAAUCUUGAUUAAAAAUUCAAAAU